AUGAACGACAUAGAAGAAAGACUUUACGAAACCGUGCGUUUGAUAAAAGAUAUUUUUUUAUUUUUUCUAUUAUCCGCUUAUUAUUUUUGUGAAUCAAUCAUAUUAUUUUUUAUACCGAGAAAAUUUAGAAGGAAAAAUGUCGUUGGAGAAAUUGUUUUGGUGACUGGAGCCGGUGGUGGCAUUGGAAGACUUAUUGCUUUAAAAUUUGCCAAAUUGGGAGCCACUGUUAUCGUAUGGGAUAUAAAAAAAGAUGGCAUAAAAGAUACGGUUGAAUUAAUAACAAAAUAUGGAGGAAAAGCUCACGGAUUUACUUGCGAUUUGACCGAUAGAGAUGAAAUUUACAGGACGGCAAAUGCAAUUAAAAAAUCAAUCGGAGACGUCACUAUACUAAUUAAUAAUGCCGGAGUUGUUUAUGGUAAAACGUUAUUGGAUUUACCUGAUAAUGAAAUCGAUAGGACUUUUCAAGUUAAUAUUUUAGCUCAUUAUUGGACGACCAAAGCAUUUUUAAAACAUAUGAUGCUCAAAAAUCAUGGACACAUUGUAACAGUAGCAAGUGUGGCAGGUUUAUUAGGAACAUACAAGUGUACCGAUUACAGUGCAACAAAAUUUGCUGCUGUGGGAUUUCACGAGAGCCUUUUCACUGAAUUAAAGGCCAACGGAUAUGAUGGAAUUCAGCUAACAUUAAUAUGCCCUUAUUACAUAAAUACUGGAAUGUUUUACGGAGUGAAACCCAGAUUAAUGGCAAUGUUAGAACCGGAAGAAGUAGCCGAGCAAUCGGUAGCCGCCAUACUUGCUAAUGAAAUUAACGUGACUUUACCCACUUGUGUUAGAUUUUUUUUGCCUUUAAAAUGUUUUUUACCGGAUAAAUUGUGUUGGGCUCUUAUGUACUAUGUAAUGCAAGGACCACAAUCAAUGAUGACAUUUAAAGGCCAAGAAAAAAAUGAAAAUAUUAAAGUAAAGUAA